UCAAAGACAAUCUGUUGGAUGAGCAGCCCUAGCGGCAACGAGCAGGUGCCGAAAUCUACAGUACGCUUAGCUAACAUUAGUGAAUAGCAGCGUCAAGUUAGUGGUCGCGGCCUAAAUUGACCACUAUGGAUCUCGUGCUAUGGGGCAAAUUGACUCGCUUCACAAAAGAUCUCAAUAGUUCCCGCCUUUUCCCUCAUCCGACCUCGUACAAUAUCCAAGAAUGUUUGAGUAUUUCGCGAUUAUCAGGUACUAUGUAUGCUCCCGCUCCACCUCGAAGAAAGAAAACAAACAUCACUCGGAGUCGGACAGGCUGCCAGAGCUGUCGGCAGCGACGGAAGAAGUGUGAUGGAGCAAAUCCUUGUGGCACAUGCCUCCGUCUCGGUAGACUAUGCGAACCGGUCGCAAUUAAACCACAAUUCCGGCUGGUCGAGUUUAAAUCGGCUACCGACAUUCCUCAGACGAAUGUGUUAGGAUUCAAUGCUGCACCUCCAGUACCUGCAGCACUGGCACUCCCCAUACAUGACCAAUCUGUUCGGCAUGCUGAGCGAUUUGCUCCUCUCGACUGUGCUGAGGUCUUCUCGGAACCAGCACUUCCCCAUGUCGUGAGGAGCUCUGCUGGCGCUUGGAAUCUCGAGGUCAACGCUGUUAUAUAUGAUCGUCAAGCAGCAAGUGGAAUUGGCGUGCCUAAUCCACGGACUAAAAGACCACUUUCCCAUGUUUGGAGAACUGUCCAGCCGCCCGCUAAGAUUGGCGAUGCAUUGUCGAUCUUGCCAGUCACAAACACAUUCCUUAGUAUACCUAUCAGGCUUGAUAAGGAUCAAUUCUAUCACAAGAUUUGGCAAGAUCAAUGUGUUCCAGCGUUGCAUGUUGCAUUCUGCGAGGUUGACAUUUUGAGGAGUCCACCUCAAGUAAUCACGAAUGCAAUUUCGGCACUUUCUGCCUGCCACUUGAGUCGAAUUCGACCUCAAAGAAAGCAUCACAGAACAAUGGAAGACCCAGGUCGUAUUUUUAGACCAGAUGUCGACCACCAAACAAUUAGCCGAGAGUUCUACGGAUCAGCUAUACACAGUGUGGUUCGAUGGAGUCGGUCGGACUACCAACAAAAUCUUGCUGCUGCAUUAGCCGUUCUGAUACUCUUCUGUCAUCUCGAGUCCAUGAUGAGUGGCUUCCAGGACUUUGCCAUCCACUCUAACGCUGUUGAGCUGCUGCUUGAGCCAAGGCGGAAAGGUAUGACGACGUGGAACGAACAAGUGAAAGGGCUUCUCGCUGCGUGGGCUCAGUCAAGAUUGCACAACUGGUGGAAAAGAGCUCAUUUCACCACAUCUAGUUUCUUCACAGCUUCAACAUCUCUUAUCGUUGAGCCGCUAUUGUUGCCGGGUCUGGACCGGAAACCCCGCAUCCAGCCAACCAUCCUUUCGAUAAUGUGUGAAUCCUAUCGCCUCAAUUGUGUGGCAUUCAUCCAUCUGUGUGACAGAAUCACACAUCCACACCCAAUGCUUUCCUGUUCUGGAGAAACUAGGUCGAUGGACCUGUCACCGUCUGGUACUCAGACAUUGCACAGGGUCAGUCCUUUGACAUGUUCCAGAACGCUGCUUCGAGGCCUAAAGCAAAUGACGACAGAGUGGUAUGAUGGCCUACAAUUGUACAAUCUUCCAAAUGGGCAAGAAUGUCAUUGUCCUAGUGACGAUGAACAUUCAUCUCUCGACUUGACAAUUAAACCUAUGCGCUUUCAAUCCCACGUGAGCGCCAUGAACUAUGCCUACUAUGUGGUUGCUCGUAUCAUGCAGCAGACGGAGUAUUUUGAGGCUCUUACACCCUCAGGAGACCGCGCGCUUCACACUGGUGGUACUGAGACUGAAAUGUGGAUAUUAGUGCUUUUGCGGAUCGCAGCCGGGAUCGAUUGGGAUGAGUGCAAGCGCCUGAACAUCUUCACCGUUGGGAUUUCAGGCCUGUUGCUAGCGGCGACUCUGCGUUCGCGCAGCCCAGAAAUCGGCCUGUGGAUUCAGCGCUGGCUGGAGCGCCGUGCCGAAAACAGUCUAGAAGAGGGCAGCUUCCCCGUGUGGCAGAUCAUACGCAUCUUGCGUGUCAUCAACCAGGAACGUAGAGCCGGAAGAGACGUCUUCGCCGUCUUCCAGCCGGUUGACGAUGGCGGAGGUGUCGGCAAACACGACUCAUAUAAUAGUCAGACGCUCACUUCCAUCCUGAUCUAUGGGAAAGAUCGAAGUAGUGGCACAUUAUAUACUACACACCUCGCCAUUUGAAAUGGUCUAGCAUACGCGGAUCAACCCAGAAAAAUAUUGCUUAAUCAUGUUUCAUGUCAAGUCGCAUGGGACUAGUUCCUCGUGGGAUAAUGAUCACAUCUAGGAAAGCCUAACCUCGUCACCUUCCAUUAAUACCAGACAACGCAU